AUGCGCUGAUGGCAACAGAUAAGUAAAAAGUGAGCUCCUCGGACGCACGACAACACACCAACUGAAGUGGAAAGCGGCUCCUGUUCUGCUCCUUAUCCCAUUUCGGACGCUGCGUACAAGGCGGUACGGCUUCAGACUGCUGCAGGACUGAAUCAAAAGGAAGAAGUCAGAGUUAAGAAGACAGGCUCGCCUUUGGCUUGUGCGUUAAGUUUGCCUACGGUUCUUUUUUUUGGGGGGGGGCUCUUUAUGUCAGCGAAUUAGUAUCCAACGUUGUAGUGUUUAUAGGUGGAAAGGUGGAAAGCAAUCAUUUUCGUUUGCCAUCUCGAAGACUAAAUUUAACUAAUGACGGCAGAGGUCCAGCAGCCCCCAGCGCAGACUCCUGCCCAGAGCAGCCCGAUGUCUGCUCCGGAGAAGCCGCACGGACAGACUGCGGUGAUGGAAACCGCCUCCUCCACUACGAAAACCAAAAAGACAAACGCAGGGAUCCGCAGACCAGAGAAACCCCCAUAUUCAUACAUAGCUUUAAUAGUCAUGGCUAUCCAGAGCUCACCAACCAAGCGCCUGACGCUCAGUGAAAUUUACCAAUUCCUACAGAGCCGCUUCCCGUUUUUCAGGGGCUCAUACCAGGGAUGGAAGAACUCCGUGCGUCACAACUUGUCCCUGAACGAGUGCUUCAUCAAGCUGCCCAAGGGCCUCGGCCGGCCAGGGAAGGGCCACUACUGGACUAUCGACCCGGCUAGUGAGUUUAUGUUCGAGGAAGGCUCCUUCAGAAGGAGACCCAGGGGUUUUAGGCGCAAGUGCCAGGCGCUGAAGCCCAUGUACAGCAUGAUGAACGGCCUGGGAUUCAACCACAUCCCUGAGUCCUACAACUUCCAGGGGAGCGGCGGGGGCCUCUCCUGUCCGCCCAACAGCUUGUCUCUGGACAGUGGGAUUGGGAUGAUGAAUGGACACUUGGCAGGUAACAUGGAGGGGAUGGGUCUGUCCGGGCACACCAUGUCACAUUUGUCGGCCAACAGUGGACAUUCCUACAUGGGAAGUUGUACAGGAUCCAAUGGGAGUGAUUAUCCCCACCACGACAAUUCCGCCUCCCCUCUGCUCACCAGCGGAGGAGUCAUGGAGCCUCACCCUGUCUACUCGAGCUCUGCCUCGGCGUGGGCUCCGGCCCCCUCGGCCUCGCUGAAUAACGGGGCCUCCUACAUAAAACAGCAGCCUCUGUCUCCUUGUAACCCAGGUGCCAACCCGCUGCAGCCAAGCUUGCCCACACAUUCACUAGACCAACCUUACCUGCACCAGAACGGGCACAGCACUACAGAUUUACAAGGUAUUCCUCGGUACCAUUCACAGUCUCCAAGCAUGUGUGACCGAAAAGAGUUCGUCUUCUCGUUCAACGCCAUGACGUCCUCGGCGAUGCACUCACCGAGCAGCGGCUCGUACUACCACCACCAACAGGUCGCCUACCAGGACAUCAAGCCCUGCGUCAUGUGAUGCCUCCAAGGACAAUGUGCAGACCAGAGGACGGUGUCACACACUUGAGCCAUGCAGCAGAGUGAACAGAAAUGAGAACAAACGAGUAAAUAACCACUGAGAGACAGGGAGGCCUGCCCCGGCCCUGGAGAGUGCUCACUGCUUCAAGUAGACCGGACUACUUUUCUGUACUGUUCUACACAGCGACAAAGACAUGGAGACAGGCCAAUCACAAAGCAACCACAUAAUAAUAAUAAUAUAUAAUAAUAAAAUUAAAAAAACUUUUUCAUGCCAUCAACAUCGACCAGCGGGGUAAAGACUGGCUGUAUGAAACCCUGCUGCUGUUUGGUACUUAGUCCUGCAGAGCGGAUGACUACCACUUCACACUUUUGUUAAUGUUUAUUCUUCUUGUUAAAGUAGGCCAAUGUAAAAAUGCGCACGUCCAUUUCCUCCGUCUGCAGUUUUUACUUUUCUUUUCUUUGACAAAUUAGACUGAGGCUCUUUGGGGUUUUUUUGGAUACCAGCGUUGAAAUUUGAAAUGAACAAUUAUGGACAUCACAUAUAUAUGUCCAUGUAUACUGUGUAAAAAAUGAUGAAGGCACUUUUUGAAUAGCCUAUAAGCGCAACUUUUUAUUUAUUCUGUAUGCCUACAUAUUUUAAUUAGGCGAAUUGGCCAAGGAGAUAUAUGCUUUAUUGGCAAUAUUUGUCAGGACGCUUGUUAUUUGUUUUAAAAUGAAAAUUGAGGAUAUAUUGUAAGCACUGUUAUGUCGUUUGUGUUAGAUAUAUGUAGACCAUUACUUUCAGCACUGUAUACUGUAUUGUUAGAAAAAUUAGCAAGGGUCCAUCAAUGAGGGCUAAUCUUUAGGCUAUAUUACAACAAAUCAUUUGUAAGAAAUAAAAUAUAUCUGUCGGGCUGUUUAAGCCUAUUUCCACAAAAAACAAGACACAUUUCGAUUUCAUUACACACGCAUACUUCAUGGCAAAUGUUGUGGGACACUGCAAACAACUAUCCCACCAAAACUGUUAGUCGAUGUAGAUCUCAAGUCGGUGAUCAUUAUUACACAAUCAACCCAAAAUUGGCAGAGAGAGGUAAUUUCUGCUUUUUCCUGAAACAGCACAAUGUUUAUAAUAAUUCGACAGGAUUCGUACAUAAACGUAGACUUAACAAUUAAUUAAUCAACCAAAUUAAAAAAGGAGGGUAAACUGAGUUCAUGUGGGUUUAAUCUACUAAAUCUUUGGUGAUACUGAAGCCAAAAACGUGUAGCACAAUACGGACAUAAGGCCCACACUAUAGUACCACAGUAGUCCUACAGAAAAAUGUUAUAGGGAUAUUACCAGUGGUGUCUUGUUAUAAUGCAGUUCAUGAUUGAGGCCAAAGUCUGAAAGUUUAACCAGCGUAGCAGUCUGUUUUGGAGCAGAUCAUGUCUGUUAUUGUAAACUGACAUUAAAUGAAAAAACCUGAUUUUCAAAACAAAACAAUUAUUAAUUUACUAUAGAUCUAGAAUAAAUGGUUUUUUAGAGUCAAUCGUAUUACACCCUCUAACGAGAGUGUAAGCAGGAAUUAAGGCGUAACAAAUCAGAGGCAAAGAUCUCACAGGGUGAAAACCUGCAGCUCUACCGUUGCUCUGGUACAUUUACAGUUGUUUUGCUCUAAAGCAUUUUGUCCAAAGGAUGUGUCUGCUGAAUAGCUCAGGGGUGUCCAAGAUGCAUACAUUACAACACUACACAAAGAAUGGGCUUUAAGAAAAUAAAAAUCCCAAACUAACAAUUUUUAAAGAGAAAGGAAGAAAAAAAAAAUAUAUAUAUAUAUAGGGAUGCUGUGUGUGCGAAAGCUUUGUUUCUCCUCUUAAAAACACUCUAAACAGGGAAUAAGAUGCAACGAAACGUGCACACAAAUAAAGAAUAAGUGAAUGUCUAAACACACCAUUGAAAUACAUAUCCACUAGUUCUAUAGCAAAAUAUUACUGUAGCCACAUGAGCCAAAUUUUCCUAAAUAAUCUUCAUUGGAUUCCUUAUUAUUUGUUGAUUAUAGCAGUUGCAAAAUUCACAAUUGUUAGUUUUACCAGCUGGCUGCAUAUUAAGGCCACUGCAAGUAAUAUUAAUUUGAACGGGCACAAAUAAGAAAGUUAAGACAUCUUUAAGGAUUUUAGAUUCUUUUAGUUUCAGUUACAGAUAAGUCUGUGGUGUUAAAAUCAUAACAGGUGCUCCUAAUGUAGAAAACCAUGGUGGGCAGAAAUCUAUUUUGUGAGCAUCCACGUAGUUCACUCAGUCAGAGCAGAUAAAGUAACUGAAUUGUAAUUUAAGAUGUCUUCUCCUGAAGUUUAUUCUGUAAGUAAUGCUGUUGAGGCGAGUGCAUACAUCUGUAUUUCAGGCCGUAGCAUGCUGUGUUUUAAUAUUUGUGUAGUUUUGAAAUCUCACAACAUGACCACUGACUGAACCCCAGUAAAAUGAGCAUGCCAUGGAGCACAGAGGUAGCAGGCUCAACAGCAGUGGAACAACGCAUUAACCAACUGAUGACAUUUGCCGAGGUUCAGUGCUCUGGUGGGGCUGAGGGACUGAGAUGGAGCUCCACAGCUGUUCCCUCGCCAGGCCUGGAUGACAGCUCCAUAAAAAGCCUGAGGUCUGCUCUGUGCUGACAGACAUGCUGUGUGCUUGUGUCUCAGUACAAUCAGGACACUUGUCUGGCACUGACAGACACGAGAGUUAUCAGUUACCAGGUAAUAGU